UUUUUUCUCUCUCUACAAUUAAUUCUUUCUCUCUCUAUAAAUAAACCCCAAAACAGCCAAAUUUGAGCAAAACCAGAAAAACAAAAAAACCACUAAAUACAAUACAUACCAUGUGCGACAGCCUAAAGGCAGACUACCAACUGUGUGAAGAGCUCGGCCGCGGCCGAUUCGGCGUCGUCCACCGCUGCUACUCCUCCGCCGCCGACACAUCCUUCGCCUGCAAAUCCAUCCACAAGGAUUCCCUCUCCUCCGACCCCACCGACCGCCGCUGCCUCGACGUCGAGCCUAAGAUCCUCCACCUCCUCUCCGGCUGCCCCGCCAUCCUCCGCCUCCACGACGUCUACGAGGACGACGAAUACCUUCACCUCGUCACCGAUCUCUGCGACGGCGGCGAUCUCUACGACCGCCUCUCCUCCGGCAUCCGCCUCCCCGAGCCCGACGCCGCCUCCGUCCUCAACCAAUUGAUGGUGGCGGUCGCUUGCUGCCACCGCUUGGGGGUGGCGCACCGGGACAUCAAGCCGGAUAACAUCCUGUUCGACUCGAGGGGGAGGCUGAAGCUCGCCGAUUUCGGAUCGGCCGAGCUUUUCGGAGUUUCCGAGAUGAGCGGCUUGGUCGGGACGCCGUACUACGUGGCGCCGGAGGUGCUGACGGGGGGUGAAUACGACGAGAAGGUCGACGUUUGGAGCGCCGGCGUUAUUCUGUACAUCAUGCUCGCCGGAGUUCCCCCAUUUUACGGCGACGGUCCGGCGGAGACUUUCGAGGCGGUGCUGCGCGGGAAUCUGAGGUUUCCGACCAAACUUUUCCGGUCAGUAUCGCCGGAGGCAAAAGAUCUGCUCCGAAAAAUGAUGUGCAGAGAUGUUUCUAGAAGGCUCUCGGCAGAACAAGUUCUCAGGCAUCCAUGGAUGAUCAAUGGAGGAGAGACUACAUAAAUGACGGAAUAAACCUGAGAUACUCUGUUAUGUCUGAGCAGCAGAAGGAAGAAUAAACUGUACAGUGCAGAGCAGGGAAGCCAACUGCAGAGGAUUCUGGAGAAACAAAAAGUAGUUAUGUUGAAAAGAGACAAAACUACUUUUUGAGAUUUUUGGUCGGAAUAUCUGAACCGUUGGAUCUGAUAGUAAAACUCUGAGAUGUACGGUUGUGAUGUGUUUAUCUAUAGAGGUAGAGAGGCUGUAGACAAAAUGGUAACUAGAAGAAACUUUAUGAGCUAUUAUGUAAAUUAGAUGUUUUUGUAAACCUUUCUCUGAUUCCCAUCGUUUUGGGUGUUUUUGUAAUAUAUGAGGUUUUGAGUGUUCGACUCGAACGGAAAUUUAUAUUUAAAGUUCGGUCAAUAUGGUAAUAAAUCGAACUCAAA